GAAGGAGAUAUACUCAGACCAGCACACUAUAAAUCAUGGGCACCUAUCCAUCAGGGUGCAGAGACAAUGCCUGGGAACUGAAAUUAAGGAAAUAGGAUUAACAUAAACGAUAGUAAGUAUGGAAGGAAAGAAAAAAAUAACAGGGCUGUUGGCUUCCUGGGAGACACCACUUGGAUUAAAAUGGUACAGUAUGAAGAUGGCGCAGUAGUUAUCUAGCUCCAGAAGGUGGCACAAACGCAACAGAACGCAGGGUCUCUGCCGAAUGACUCCAACGAAGAAGAAGCUGUUUCCAGAGCGGGAAAGGUGAUGGGGGAGUGAAUUGUUUUUUAAGCGCUGUCAGAGAGUGCUAGUUAGUCGGCUAACCAUGUCGAAGCACCACAGCAGAGAAAGCAAAGGAGGAGACCUCCGCAUUAGCUCUCGCUAAAAACCGCAGUAAAAACGUUGACUAAUAAGUUUCUUUCUCUUCACUCAGCAGUGCUUCCGUGAAGCACGGGAACAUGGCUUCAUCCCCGGUAGAGUACAUGGUUGGAGGGGUGGAAAUACAUUUCCCCUGCAAGGCGUACCCGUCCCAGCUGUCUAUGAUGAAUUCAAUCAUACAAGGACUGAAGCAUGGGAAGCACUGUUUGCUGGAGAGCCCAACAGGAAGCGGGAAGAGCUUGGCUUUGCUCUGCUCGGCUCUUGGCUGGCAGCAGGCGGAGUUAGAUAAACAGAAAAUGGGAGAGGGUCUUUUGGAGAAAAGCCAGUUGGAUAAAAACAUCAAGCCAUGCCACUGUGUGUGCCAUAGCAAAGUCAGCAGUUGCGCAGCAGCCACAGCAGCAUCCCAACCUGUUGUGGACCUCACUGUGUCACCUUGCAAAGAGUUGACACAGCUUCCAGCAUCUGAACAGAGCCCAUUUACCGAGGAGUUGCAUCCAAGGAAACAAUCUCUAGCCUCUCGUCUGUCUGGGAAGAUGCUGUCCAGCCUCAUUCAUGAAGAAGAUGAUGACUUUCAGCCAGAGAAGAAGCGCUUUCGAACUGCUGAACACCAGCAGCGCAAGAGGCAGCAUGUGGAGCAGGGAGUGGUAUUUAUAGAUGAUGAGCAGGAAAAUGAGCCUUCGUGUGCUCAGAGUUGGACCACGGUGCCAACCACGGCAGCAUCUGGUCUGUCCUCAUCAUCCUGCUCUCCCGAGCGCUGCUUCCACUGCACGUGUGCCUCAACCAAAGACGGGGCGAAUAAAAAAGUAAAAGAUGGCAAAAAGAAGAUCCCGACGAUCUUCUUUGGCACUCGGACACAUAAGCAGAUAACUCAGAUUGCCCACGAGCUGAAGCGCACCGUUUACUCUAAGGUGCCCAUGACCAUCUUAUCCAGCAGGGCCCACACAUGUGUCAACGGUAGGGUGGCGCCUCACGCCAACCGCAACGAACUCUGCAAGGAACUGCUGGAUGAUAAAGAAGGCGGUUCAUGCAGUUACUACCAUGGUAUCACAAAGAUACGGGGCAGGUCCACGCUGCAACAGGCCCUUCGACUCAGUGACGCCUGGGACAUUGAGGACUUUGUUGCACAGGGCAGAGGGCGCCGGUUCUGCUCCUACUAUGCUGCCCGUGAACUUAUGGAGGAAGCCUCCAUCAUAUUCUGUCCAUAUAACUACCUGCUGGACCCAUUGAUCAGAGAGAGUAUGGAGAUCGACCUGGCAGGACAGAUCGUGCUGCUGGACGAGGCCCACAACAUUGAGGACUGUGCAAGGGAAAGUUCCAGCUACACAGUAGACCACCAGAGUCUGCUGAUGUGCAGGCAGGAGCUUGACAACAUGGUAAAAAAAAACAUCAAACCCUCCGACCAUGAGCGACUCAGCGGAUUCUGCUAUAGCUUGAUCAACUGGAUCCAUGAAAACAAAAGCCUGAUGUCUGAUCGGGGAUUUGAGGCAGCCUGUAAAGUCUGGAAUGGACGGGAUGUACUGGGCAUGUUUAACGACAUCGGCAUUACUCCAGGCACCUACAGCCUACUAAAGAAAAGCCUGGCAGCAGUGUUAGAGAAAGAGAACCUUCAAGUCAUCAAAGGUAAAGAGGUCAAAUUUGAUGUCCCGACCAUCAGCUCGGCAACCACCACUGUCCUCAAAAGCCUCUUCAUGGUGCUGGGCUUCAUGUACUCUGGGGACAGCUGCAGUGUUGCAGACGACUACCGGAUAGCUCUGCAGAAGACCUUCACUUGGACAAACCAAGUCGCACUUGACGCUCCUGAUGCCCAGGGCUUUUUUGUUCGGCCACACAACAGGCAACGCAACGGCACCAGAGUCCGGUCAGAAGUCCUGACUCUCAGCUUUUGGUGCCUUAACCCUGCUGUGGCUUUUGCCUACUUCAGGACGGCAGUGCACAGCGUUGUGCUGACUUCAGGGACCCUGUCACCCAUGGGCUCCUUCUCCUCAGAGCUUGGGGUUGAUUUCACCAUCAAGCUGGAGGCCAACCACGUGAUCGACAAGUCCCAGGUGUGGGUGGGCACUGUUGGUGAAGGACCCCAGGGCAGGAAGCUGUUGGCUACCUUCAAGCACACUGAAACCUACGUCUUUCAGGACGAGGUGGGCGCUCUGCUGCUCCACGUCUGCCAAGUCGUGGCAAAGGGUGUGCUCUGCUUUCUGCCUUCCUACAAGAUGCUGGACAAGCUGCGAGAGCGAUGGAACAACACUGGCCUCUGGAAGAAGCUGGAACACCACAAAGCUGUGAUCCCAGAGCCCCGUGGAGGGGGAAAGGGGGACUUUGACCAACUGCUCCAGCAAUACUAUGACGCCAUCAAGUACUGCGAGGAAGAAAGAGAUGGCGCGCUGCUCAUUGCUGUCUGUAGGGGAAAAGUGAGUGAAGGACUGGACUUUACUGAUGACAACGCCAGGGCGGUCAUCACCAUUGGAAUCCCCUUCCCAAACAUCAAAGACCUUCAAGUGGAGCUGAAGAUGAAGUACAAUGACCAACACUGCAAAUCCAGAGAUCUUCUUGCAGGCCAUCAAUGGUACGAGAUUCAGGCCUACAGAGCUCUGAACCAGGCCCUGGGAAGGUGUAUCCGCCACAAGAAUGACUGGGGCGCGCUAAUUCUGGUGGAUGACCGUUAUGGGAAAUCCAACAAGUACAUCACAGGUCUGUCUAAAUGGGUCCGCCAGCUGGUGCAGCAUCACGACACGUUCAACAAUGCCAUGCACUCUCUGGUAGCCUUCUCUCAGGUGCAGCGGAAGGUGCAGGGGCCUCCCGCUGCUGUCUCGCCUCCAAAUAGUCAGUUGGGGGGUCGGGGUCUGCGCGAUGCCACAGACCCUCCGACCCCCUGCUCAUGUGUCAAACAGCCUGAACCCCAGAAGGACGCAAGUCCUUCAAGCUUCCAUCUCUUCGCGGGUACACAGGGGAAGGCGAAGCAAAGGGAGAAGGCAGAAUGGUCAAAGAUGAAGCAAAGUCCUACCACGUCGCACCAUAAAAACGCAGCUAAGCCUCCAUACAGCAUUUUCACCUCCAGCCCCAACUGCUUGAAGAAGCCAAUUUUUAAAAGAAAAGCUGGGUGUCACUCAAAGCCUGGUGAUCAGCACCAGACCUCCGCUUCACAAUGGAAGACUGGAGCAACUUGUACUACACGAGGGGCUGGAGACGGGUCCGUUGAAGUCACAGGGGAACCACACAAGCUGGUUUCGGAGCCUUCUCGAGAAAGGACCCCGCCCAGCUGUGAGAGGGAAUUGCCAUCAAAAGACAAUCCUGGCGAGGAGAAAGAGGAUGAGAGUGAAGAGGACAAAAGCAUCUAUUUUACCCCAGAACUUUUCGAGGGUGAAGGCGACGACGACGAAGAAGAAACCCCACAGAGAGAGACCGAAUCAGGUCCCACGGUGCUUUUGGUGGCAGAGAGCCCUACCGCCCUGUCAGAAGAACUCUGUGGCUCUGAGCAGGCCCGAGCCUCUGAUGGAAAGCAAGCUGAGGAGGGAGAGCAGGUGGAGAAGAGCAGGUCCAGAAAGCAAGCUCCCUCUACCCCUACAGGUAACUAACAACCUGGACAUACCAAAUAGUCCCUGUGUUUAAUAAUGUCGCCCGUCCAAACAAAGUUCGUAUAUAUGCACAUCGGCUAAUCAGGAGAUUUAUAUAGAAACAGAUUGCAGUUCAAGCAUUGCUGCGUCACUUCCACAGUUCAUCCUUCACACUGCCGAGUAUCUACAUGUGCUGCAGCGGCCUCAGGACACCACACACACACACACACACACACUUACAGUAAAUACAUGUCACUCACCAUGUACGCAGUAACUGAUGAGGCUUCAUCACUCUGGGAUCAGCUUCUGAUCUAGUGUGACAACAUUAAGGCCACGGAUGCCGGUUCUUAGUUAAAAAAUGCAUGUCUUUAUUGAAUGUGCAUUUUAACAAAUCAUUAAAAUACAGAACCACACACAAUUAGUUUUCCUCUGAAGUAGGUAAUCACGGAGUUUUGUUUUAAUGAUGUGUUUGUAGAUGAUGGAUGCCGAACAUAUUUUAGACAUGCCUGAUUAAACCUAAAGAGGAGACUUUUGUUUUUCAAUUCUACUUCCAAUAAUGUAAAUCAUAUGUUCCCUAAACUCAAAUGGUGUUGAUACACAUUCAGUAACCAUUCAUGUCAAUUCUGUUAAUUCACAAUAAAGCUGAAUGUUAG